GUACGAGUAUGGAAGCUUUGAUUUGUAACAAAUUAAGGGUUGUUUACUGCACAAAUGGCGACCAUUUCAUCUCCCGUUAUUGCUACAAAACUCAAUCUUACACCUACUGCGAGAUUUGCUGCUGUGUUCUCUUCGUCCAGCUCAGUGUUCUUUGGCGACAAUGUUAAUAACCGGGCUGGCCUUCACCUGGUCGUGAAUCGGUCCAGAAGAGCCAGUACGAGUGAGAAAAGGGGGCUUUCGUGUAACUGCCUUUUUGGGCUCGGAGUGCCGGAGCUUGUGGUAAUUGCCGGAGUGGUUGCGCUGGUUUUCGGGCCCAAAAAGUUGCCCGAAGUUGGCCGGAGUAUUGGCAAGACUGUUAAGAGCUUCCAGCAGGCUGCACAAGAACUACAGUCGGAACUGAAGAAGGAUACUGAGUCUUUGGAGGAGCCUCCUGCUGAGAAGAUAACAACAGUCAGUGAAGAAGAGAAACCAGGGGCUAAAGUCUCGAGCACGAAGGAGAACUCUCAAGUUUGAGACAUGCUAACGUAAUCGGUUCUCGUUGUAGCUCCUGCCUUCUUUCAUCGUGUGUACGAUUCAUCCAUUUCGAUAUUAGUUGUAUACGAAUUAUUAUCAUUGAUGGAUUGUUCAAUUAAUUAUAAGAGGAUUAGAAAGUCUGCUGUUCUCAUACUGCAUCACAUUUAUUCAGGAGUUAUUCAAAUUU